AUCAAAAAUGGCCAACGCUGUGCCGGCAAGUGUCAUUUUGCGGCAUCAUCCGCGACGUGUAUUUUUCCGGUUCUUGUCCUUUCAUUUUCGUUUUAUUCGCAGGUACAGUUAGUUCGUCGGUGAAGACACGUACGAAAAGAAAACCUUGUCGAGUUCUAAAAUGUUAAGUUCACUAAAAAUAGUUUUACUAUUAGGAGUAAUUUAUUUAUGCAAGGCUGCUGAGGAAGAUGUUAUCGACCUUACAGAUUCGGACUUUUCGUCGGUCUUAGCUCAACAUGAUACUGCACUAGUCAUGUUUUACGCACCAUGGUGCGGUCACUGUAAAAGACUGAAGCCGGAGUUUGCGGUGGCAGCAGGCGUGUUGAAGAACGAUGACCCUCCAGUUGCCCUAGUCAAAGUAGACUGCACUGAGGGUGGAAAGAGUACUUGUGAACAGUACUCAGUGUCUGGAUACCCUACACUGAAAAUAUUCAGAAAAGGAGAAGUUUCACAGGAAUACAAUGGCCCUAGGGAGUCUAAUGGGAUUGUCAAGUACAUGAGAGCCCAGGUUGGCCCCAGCUCCAAAGACUUGCGUUCUGUGGCUGAGUAUGAAGCUUUCAUUGCCAAGGAUGAAGUAGUUGUAGUGGGCUUCUUUGAAAAGGAGACUGACCUUAAGGGAGAGUUUCUGAAGACUGCUGACAAGAUGCGUGAAGAAGUUUCCUUCGCCCACACCUCCACCAAGGAAGUUCUCGAAAAGAGUGGAUACAAAAACAAUGUGGUGUUGUUCCGACCGAAAAAACUCCAGAACAAGUUUGAAGACUCCCUGGUUGUGUACAAGGGCGAGCCAGAGACCCUCAAGGCAUUCAUCAAGGAGAACUUCCACGGUUUAGUCGGAGUACGUCAGAAGGACAACCUUCAGGACUUCAGCAACCCAUUGGUUGUUGCUUACUACGAUGUGGACUACGUGAAGAACCCUAAGGGCACCAACUACUGGAGGAACCGAGUGCUCAAGGUUGCCAAAGAGAUGUCGGAAGUGACCUUCGCCAUUAGUGACAAGGAUGACUUUACCAACGAGAUGAAUGAGUUCGGUGUGGACUUCGCCAAGGGUGACAAACCAGUGGUAGCGGGCCGCGACGCCGACGGGAACAAGUUCGUCAUGAGUGCCGAAUUCAGCAUUGAGAACCUGUUGGCAUUCACCAAGGACUUGGUCGAUGGCAAACUGGAGCCGUUCAUCAAGUCCGAAGCUGUGCCGGAGAGCAACGAUGGCCCGGUGAAGGUGGCCGUUGGCAAAAACUUCAAGGAGUUGGUGACGGACAGCGGUCGCGACGCCCUCAUCGAGUUCUACGCGCCAUGGUGCGGCCACUGUCAGAAACUGACGCCCAUUUGGGAGGAACUCGGAGAUAAGCUCAAGAAUGAGGAAGUGGAUAUUGUGAAGAUCGAUGCGACCGCCAACGACUGGCCCAAGUCUCUAUUCGAGGUUUCCGGCUUCCCAACCAUCUACUGGAAGCCCAAGGACUCCUCUCAGAAGCCCGUCAGAUAUAACGGCGGUCGUGCUUUGGAAGACUUCGUGAAAUACGUGUCAGAGCACGCGUCCAGCGAACUUAGCGGCUGGGACCGCAAGGGCAACGCCAAGAAGACGGAGCUUUAAAUUAAGUUGUGAUCAUACUUUUAUAAGAGAGAAGAUCUGUGAGUGAAUGCAGUGCGUGCGAACUGCGUGCCUGGGUGUCGAUUCUGCUACGCUAAUGUUAAAAAUCGUGUUUCAAUAGCAUCACUUUUUAACACAGUUCUUGUUACUUAAACAUAAAAUAAAUGCAUAUACACUUUAGGACACACCUAUCUACCCACUUAGUGUUACAUAUAAGAUUCAACGGUCUGUAGCAAAUAAAUAAUGUUUAUGGUCUAGCAAUAAUUUUAACAACACACGAAAAUAUGGUUAAUUUUCAGCUUUAAAACUGCGUAGGUAGUAACUUUUUGCUCAAUGUAAUAUUUAUUUUAGCUAGGUACCAUCAAAACUUAAAAUGCUAAGUGGGCCGAUAGAUGUGUUCAGAAGUGAAGAUAACAAAUAAGCAACGAGUAACCAAAUAUAUUUGUGAUUUUAAGUAACAGUAACUGUGGCAAUAAUCAAAACUACUAACUAAAAGCAUUGACACACGAUUAUUACUUUAACUUUAGACACCCUGAUCAACAUACACUGACUUGUAAACUUGGUACACUUUGUUGUCUGCCAUUUUAUGUUCCCAUAAUAAUUACAAGUUACCCAGUUUUCAGUUCAGUCUUACCUAGCAUAAAGAGAUCUAAAUACAGUAAUUUUUAAUGCAUUUCUUAUAUAUAUGUCGGUGGGCUAAUGAAUAAAUUAGGUUGUAUUUAUAA